CCACUUCUCUAUCUUUUAGCGAACCAUCGCCGAGAGGAACUCUUCUUAUUCUUCCUCUUCUUCUUCUGCAAAAUUAAUCUAUUGAAAUCAACAUACAUGGAUUCUCAAAAUUCACUACACAAGGUUUGAAAUCUACCUCAGAUCCUCUCUCUCUAUCUUUUACACACUCCAAUUUAGCUUAUCUUGUAAGCUAUACACAUGGUGAUGAUAUGAAUUGCAGUAUUGUGAAUUACUUCUAGGGUUAGGGUUAGGGUUUGGAGUUUGAUCUCUAAGCACCUGUGACACUUUAGGGUUUUGUAUAACAAAUCUCAUUUGGAUCGGUAAUCGAAGCUUUUUCCAGAUCAGAAUAUUAGUGUAUCUGUUUUUGAACUUUUAUUGGUUUGUUGAAUAUGCAAUCUCGAAGGCAUGACGACUUUACGAUCCCAUCUGACCGAAGGGAUCGUGGAAUUGAAUUAGGUCUUGAUCCUUAUGAUCGAAGGGAUCGUGGAAUUGAAUUAGGUCAUGACUCUUACGCCAUGCCUCGCCGUGAUUUUCUGGAUCGGUCACCACGAUCUCGGAGGAGUUUGAGCCCUCGGAAAGUGGAGGGGUCGCGGAGGCUAUUGGGUGUGGAUGGGAGGAGGAAUUCAGUUGAAAGGAGGGAUUAUGGUUGGGAUUUGGGUGGUGGUAGAGGUGAGCGAUUGCUGUCAAGGUCGCCCCCAUUUGGGCUAGGGCAUAAAAGGCCUCACUAUGAUGAGGGGGUUUCAAGUAGGGAUUUACUAACUCCAGGAUUGCGGCAAAGAAAUGAAUUUGUUGACUAUGUGGAUACGAAUGCUGAUGCUGAUGGGAACAUUGGGUUGAAGCCUGAAUUUAGGUUUGAGCAUAAUGCUUCUAAAUUCUCUAGGGAGAAGGACUUUGAUGGUAACAGAUUGUUGGGUGCUAGUGUACAUGGGAUGUCAGGUCAGAAACUGAUGGUUUCAAAAGACGAUGCAGUACGUGAUUCGUUCAGGUUGCCUAAAGAUUUGGGAACCACAUCAAAAUAUGAGGAAGGUGACGGACGUUUCUCAUCAUCAUCUGCAAAUUUGGAUAUAGGCCGGUUCAAGGAUGAAAGGGCUCGGUAUCCAGACCCAUUGCUAGGAGAUAAAUUAUCAGCUAUGGAAUCAUACAGGGAAGUCCACAGAUCCCAUGUUUUAUUCAACGGACGUUUCUUAUACCCAGGUGCCAGUGUCUCAGUCCAAGGAUCGUAUUGGUACCUCUCAGUUUGAGGAUUUUACUGGCCCAUCACCAGGAAUUUCCAGGGCCAAUUUCCACACAUCAUACCAGGAUGGUAUGACUUUGCUAACAGAUGAAUAUCCUAGGAACUCUGCUAAACUCAAAGAACCUUCGGGCUUCGGUGGCUAUGGCCAAAGGUCCAUUUUAGACUCUGGAAGAGAUGCUAACAUGGAACAUAAGGAUCUGGCGCACUAUCGGCGGGACGCAUUUAGUCCCACCAGGGCUGAUCAGGAUUAUCUAAAUCCUAGAGCUGGAGGAAGAGAUAGCGAUGAAUACGGAUAUCCAUCUGAUGAAUUCUACAGAAGGAUGGAUACACAUGAGCGAGUAGACUAUGAUCAUACAGAUUAUUUAAGACCACGUAUGAGGGAUCCUAUUUCAGAACGUGCUGAUAAUACUGAAUAUACUUACAGAAAUCUAAGAGAUAACAGUUUUUUGGACCGCCCUUCCAUGCAAAAGCAGACACUGUCAAACUACCUUGGUGCAAAUGUAUCAACUGCAUCAAAAGGUAGGGAGUAUUUAGAUUCUGGAAGUGCUCCUGUUGAGUUUGGGAGGAGAGUGCCAAGAGAUCAUGAAAUACCACAUUUUGGUGUCUCAAAGGAGCAUGAAAUCUCACACUUGAGAUUAGGUUAUGGUUUUGGAAGAGAUGCAGGUCCAGCAUCUCACAAUGAAAGAAUGAGGAAUUCACCUGAGUACAACUAUGAGCUGGAAAUGCGUAGACCUGCUGUAAGGACACACGAAAUGAAAGCGGAGGAGCUUGGCACAUAUGACUCAUCUGACAGGUCACUCAAGAGAAAGUACUCUGCAGAUGCAGAAAUGAAUAGAUAUAAUUCUAGAAAUAUUACACCAGGUAAAUGGUAUAAUACUAGUAGAAUAAGGGAUCUAAAUAAUAGGAAUGAGGAGUGGACUGGUGAAGAUUCAAGUGUUUCAUUUUCAUCUAGAAAUGCGGGUUAUGACAAGAAACAAUAUCAAAGGGAAGAGAGGAUGUUUGUUGGGGCAGAUCGUCGUAGAGUUUCUCCAUCUGAGGAUUGGUUUUCAUCUCAUGACUCUAUGGAGCAUGUGCAAGAGUAUUCUAUCAAACCGUAUAAGCCUGGUGGUAGAUAUUCAAAGGGUCACCUGAGGCCUGGUCCUGUAAGAUCAUACAAUUCAUAUCAUCAUAGUAAAAGGCAUGUUCUUUCCAAACGAAACAAUGUUUGGAUUAGAGGCAAGGAUGAUAACCAAGUGGAUGUGCUUGAAAAUGAAGUUGACCAAUCUGAAGAUUGGGUGAGUUCUGCAAAGUCUGAGCCACCUGAGGAUUCUGAGGAGUUUAGACAACUGGUACAUAAGGCCUUCUUAAUUUUCAGUAAAAAGUUGAAUGAGAACCCUGGUGUUCGCAAAAGAUACAAGGAACAAGGAAGAGCUGGGAGCUUGUUCUGCAUCGUAUGUGGCAGAAGCCUAUCAAAAGAUUUCAUGGACACUCAACGUUUGGUGAUGCAUGCAUUCAUGUCUCACAAGGUUGGACUGAGAGCACAGCACCUGGGUCUUCACAAAGCAAUUUGUGUUCUGUUAGGGUGGAACAGUGUGGUGGCUCCUGAUGUUAUCACAUGGGUUCCAGAGGAUGUUCCUGAUGCUGAAGCUAGGGCUCAGAAAGAGGACCUGGUUCUCUGGCCACCGGUUAUCAUCAUCCAUAACAGUUCUAUUGCAGAAAAUAAUGUGGGUGAGCGGAAAGUCAUUACUUUAGAAGCACUUGGAGAGUUUCUUAGAGGUAAAGGCUUUAGUGGGGGAAAGAUCAAGACGUACCUUGGAAAGCCAGCAAACCAUAGUGUCAUGGUGGUCAAGUUCUUGGGCACUUUUUCUGGUCUGCAAGACGCAGAGAGACUUCAUAAAUAUUUUGUUGACAACAAGCACGGAAGAGUGGAAUUUGAGCAAGUGACUUCGAGUUCCAACAAGGGUAAAAGCAGCAGCAAUAAUGAUGUAGGAGUAAUGCAGGGGCACAGCAUGGAGGAGCUUGUGCUUUACGGAUACAUAGGGAUUGCUGAGGACUUGGAUAAGGUUGAUAUGGAUACCAAGAGAAAGAGCUUGAUAAAGAGCAAGAAGGAGAUUCAGGAUCUUGCUAAUGCUGCUGUGAAACCCGAAUGAGGGGGCCUAUGAUUACCUCAACUGAAAGAUGUUGCCGCUGUUUGUGUAAUUGGUCUUAGUUAAGAUCGUUGUUGGUUUGAAUUAUUGGUAUUAUUCUCUGCUUUCGCUGAGAGUCCAAAUGAAGACAGUUUUUGUUAUGGAAACAGAUUUUGAAUCUGCAACUUUAUCUUUAAUAUUUAGGCCUGAGGACACUCAAUUAUGUUAUUCCUUGUUUGCUUUUGAUGGUUUGGAUAGAAGUGGCUAGUGAAAAUCCCUGUGUUGGUAUUUACCAAAUCACCUUCAGAAAAUUUUAUGCAAGAACAUUGUAGCACUAUCCGAGUAAAA